UUUUUUCAUAUUUAAGAAGACAUCUGGUCAUAUUAUUUUGUUAAUAUAAGUAAUGCUGUCUUAUUAUUUCAUCUGUCAAAAAUACACCUAGAACCAAAUGGUCACAUGUGUACAUUUAAUAAAUUUGCAUGUACAAAUUAUUUAGGUUAUAUGUAUUAUUUGCAUCAAAUACAGUGCAUAUAGUGAGAAAAUUUGAGUCUGAUAAUUAUUAAAAACUCUUUUGUAGAGAUACUUUAUUAUUAAACACAUAUUUGUAGAAUUACUUCAUUCAAACAAUUUAAAUCAGUAUUCAUAGAAAUUAUGCCGGUACGAGUGCUCGUCGGAAGCAUGAUAAGAGUGUGUUAAAGACUCAGUAUUACUAAUGAUUUUUUUUACAUUAUUGAUUAAUUUUACGUAAUAUAUAAGUGAAAUGAUGGACGAACCUGUUGCAACGAUCGAAAAAUCGAAGAAGAUAAAAGCUAUAAAUAAAGAAACAAUUCAUCAUAUUUGUUCGGGCCAGGUGGUCUUGGAUCUAGCUAUCGCUGUCAAAGAGUUAGUAGAGAACAGUUUAGACAGUGGUGCUACAGUAAUUGAUGUUAAAUUGAACGAUCAUGGUAAAACAUGCAUUAGUGUGAACGAUAAUGGUAGCGGUGUCCUGGAGCAAGAUUUCAAGGGCUUAGGCUUGAAGCAUCACACGUCAAAGCUCCGAGAGUUCAUAGACCUUACAGAAGUGAACACAUUCGGCUUCCGAGGCGAAGCGCUGAGCUCAUUGUGCGCCUUGUCUGAAUUAAGUAUCGUCAGCAGGCAUUCGUCGAGCGAGCACGGCUUUAAAUUGGAAUUCGACCGGAAUGGUGUAUUAACGAAGAAAGAGCCAUGCGCUAGAGAGAGAGGCACCACAGUGCAUGUGAGGAAUAUAUUCAAGAAUCUACCUGUGCGAGCUAAGGAGUUCCAAAAGAACCUGAGAAAAGAGUACGCUCGCGCUAUCCAAGUUUUGUACGGUUAUUGCUUGGUUUCCACCGACAUCAAAAUCACCUGUUACAAUUUGGUAUCGGGCAAAUCGCCUAAUCUCAUAGUGGCUACGAGGAACAGCGACAACGUUCUGGACAAUGUGAACUCUGUGUUCGGCAAGAAGGCUCUGGACGGCAUCGUGACGCUCGAGUUACAAUCUCCCAACGAGGCGACAUUGCAAGAAUUCAAUCUGCCCGACAACGUUACCGUGGACUUCGACUGGGAAUGUUACGUGAGCGUCUGCGACCACGCGACCGGACGUUCCUCCCCUGAUCGACAGUUUUUUUAUGUAAACGGCCGACCCUGCGAUCUCACGAAAGUCAGUAAACUGGUGAACAACGUGUACCACAAGUACAACAAUAAGCAGUAUCCGUUCGUCUUUCUGAAUAUCAAGUUGGACCGGCAGUCCGCCGACGUUAACGUCACGCCCGAUAAGAGGACGAUAUUUUUCACGCAGGAACGUCUCAUCCUUGCGACGUUGAAGUUCAGCUUGACGGCGAAAUGGGACAAGAUGCAAGGGAAUUUCACAGCUAAGACCCUGACGGAACUGAAUUUCGGCUUGAAGAGAGCGAUCUCGCCGAGCUACGCGCAUCCGCCAGCCAAAAGGCUGCAGACAUCACCUUCGGUGUUACAUAAAGCGAGAGAUGAUAUAAAGUUAAGGAAGAAGCCUAUGAAUGCAGAAAUGACGAUAAGUCUGACAAUGAUAAAAGAGAAGCUGAAGGCAAGAGAGAACGUAGUUGAGACACCCGCCAAUACAAAAAAAAGAAUAAAAUACCGAAUACAGAUGGAAGGUGAUCAAGGUGACGCUGAGAAGGAACUGCAAAGAGAGCUGACGAAAGAUUCAUUUGGCAAGAUGGAGAUAAUAGGUCAGUUUAAUCUUGGUUUCAUAAUAGCUCGUCUGGACGAGGAUCUCUUCAUCAUAGACCAACACGCCACCGAUGAGAAAUUCCGCUUCGAGAAGCUCAGCAACGGGACGAAGCUGAAAACGCAAAAGCUUAUUGUGCCGAAGUCACUAAACUUCAACGCACUGAACGAAACGAUACUUAUAGAGCAUCAGCAGACCUUCGAAGACAAUGGGUUUACGUUCAAAAUCGACGAGCAAGCUGAAUCUGGCAAGAAGAUAGAACUGAUAGGGAUGCCUGUCAGCGGUGGUUGGCAGUUUGGCCAAGAGGAUAUCGAAGAACUCGCGUUCCUCAUCAGAGAAGGAGGCGCUGAAAACAAAGAGAAGCACAUCUUUCGGCCGAGUCGUGUCAGGCAGAUGUUGGCGUCCAGGGCGUGCCGCAGCGCGGUCAUGAUCGGCACGGCUUUGAACACCAGCGAGAUGCAGAGACUCAUAACGCAGAUGGCUGAAAUGCAGAGCCCGUGGAAUUGCCCGCAUGGGAGGCCUACCAUACGACAUUUGUUGUCAUUGCUGCUAAUAAACAAGUGAAUGAAUUGUGCUGUUUUUAUC